AUAAAAUCAGCCCAUGAACACUCUGUAACCGUGGAGAAAGAGUGAGAUGGUGAUGGAACAAGAGGUGGCUGUGCCUCUGGAGUUGCAUGUUGCAGCUUUGAGUGAACGCCAGAAGACUUGUAAAAAUGUAAAAGGUUUUACUAGCUAUGCAGGUUUGAGUGGAAGAGAGGGAAAACUGCUGGUUUGUGUGACAGGUGGGAAUUCUUAUUUGGCUUCUCAUAUUGUGAAAGAACUAUUGGCUCAUUCUUAUCUUGUCCGAGUUAUCAUUCAAAACCAAGAUGAUUUUGAGGACAUGAAGAGGCUUUUCAGAGAAGAAGAGAUGAACCAAUUAGAGAGUGUUGUGGUAGCAAAGAUGGGAGAUUUAGACACUCUCUGUGAAGCUUUUAGAGGCUGCCAUGUUGUUUUUCACACCUCCUCCUUUAUUGACCCACAUGGAGUCUCUGGAUAUUCAGAACAGAUGGCCUUCCUUGAAACUGAAGGAGCAAGAAAUGUCAUUGAAGCUUGUGGCAGGACAGCCUAUGUGAAGAGAUGCAUAUUCACUUCUUCUCUUCUUGCUUCUAUCUGGAAUGGUAAUAACAUAGACAUCGUCGUCGAUGAGAGUUGUUGGAGCAAUGAGGAAUUCUGCAGAGAAAAGAAGCUUUGGCUUGCAUUGGGGAAGACAAAAGCAGAGAAGGUUACUUGGAACAAGUCAAGAGAAAUGAAAGUGAAGCUUGUUACAGUGUGCCCUGGACUUCUCAUGGCUCCAUCAUUCCCAAAUGCACACAUUGAAACCUCUCUUCCAUAUCUUAAAGGUGGGCAGGUGAUGUUACAAAAAGGGAUGCUGGCAACUUCAGAUGUGAAGAAGGUAGCAGAGGCACAUGUCCAUUUAUAUGAAGCCAUGGACUACGGAGCUUGCGGUCGAUAUCAUUGCUUCGAGAGAAUUAUACGAAGCUCAGAUGAAGCCAUUAAACUUGAAACUGAGUUAAAGAUGCCUGGUUUGUUAUCAGAAGCACAAACAGAUGAAAUAGACAACAAUAAUAAGCUUAGCAAUUCAAGACUUGCCAAUUUGUUAUAUAGAACUUCUCAACGCUUGUCCUGCAAAGAAUGAAACCCCAUUACUGAACUGCAAAGCUAUGCAAACACCUUGCAGAAAGAAAACAGUAGAAGAUUUUGUAUGAAGUAAAUUAUAAGAUCAUGUAAAGAUGAUACCUACUUUCAAAGUCACAUAUGCUGUCCAUGACUGGAGGAAUAUAAUUAUGAAGCAUGGGAAAUCCCUCAAAGGAGAGCAUCAUCGCCUUCAAAAAGUGAUUUCUUAGAGAAAACUUUCUUUAGAUAAGAUAAUCAAGAACUUUGCUUUUGUGAAAUCUAGUAGAUUGCAAUGUGAGGAUCAGAUUCCUCAACUAAAUUUGCACUCAAUGCACCCAUGUGUAAGAUAAUUUGUUUUUUUAAUAACUGAAGGUGUCCGACCA